UACAAGAUCCAAGCAUACGAAGACGGCGAGGAGUCGGUCACAUUGAUGACCAUACCACCGGCCUAUGGGAUGCGCAACAUCUUCGGCACGUACACUUGCAAGGCACAGAACGAGUUAGGCGAGAGCUAUGGCUGCGUCCUCAUGAAGCAGGCCACACACCCGGCCCGACCCGCCCUCCGAGCUUGCUCUGUACGUUGA